CUGAUUUCUAGUGAGGGUUCAUUUUUUUAAAAAAUCACACAUGAAUCAAGGUUGUGAUUUCUGUUUUAAUAUAUAAGAUAUCUAAGAGUCGAAGGAUCCGAUCCGAACUCUGGCUGAGGACCUGAGUGCGCAUGCCUAUAUGAUCUCUAGUCAAAAGUUCUAAACCUUCUGACGCAUCUAGAAGCUUUCUGUUGUCGGAACCAAGUCUUUCUUUUCUUUUUUCUUUUUUGGUUGGAAGCAGCCGCAGCAGCUCCUCAAUUUCAUCUCGUUCCUGCGACGAUGUCUAUCUACAGAAUCGCUAGAGCCUUACCCUUCUCGGCCCUCUUCAGGCAGCUUGAGAAAGAAGCCGAAACUGUGAUCAGUGUCCUGCGACCUGGCCCAUUGGGAAUCAUAGAACACAAGUUCACGCCUCAAGAGAUUCGCCAGGCCAAAGCUACAGUGUGUAGAUCAGUCGAUAAUUGGCGAAGACAUUCUAAUCAUGCUAAUGGCGUUUUAAAUCGUUUCAUCUAUAAAUGAAAUAAGUCAAUACAUCUCCACUCUUGAAUAAAAUGCCUUUUCAUUUUGUUAAAACAAAGAUUAAUCAAAAAAAAAAAGCAAACGUUUCUCUGUUA